AUGUCGUCCCCCAUAUCAGCCACAGCAGUCCCUAGCGCUUCGAUACCUUUAUCUUCGUCUUUUACCUCUCUUCCCUCGAAAUCCAGCGCCCGGCCAAAGCUCAAACUCACCACCCAAGACGUCGACAACGACGCCAAACCUAAAACUGCCAGCGCCAGCAACAACACGCGCUUCUACGCCCACCUGCUCUAUGUCACGGGUCCGGAGCGUGAACGCAUCAUGGCACGCUCCAUCUCUUCAUCUUCCACAACGAGCCAGUGCUCCCGGGGUUCAGUACACUCACAAGCCUCCUCCCACACCUCCACCAACUCAAUACAUGCCUCCAAAGUACCACCUGUCCCUCCUGUGACUCCUGCCUCACAGUUCGCCUUGUCCACCGUCGACACCCCUAGCUAUGUCGACGAGCACUGGCCACUUAUCGCGACCACGAACCCGGACAGCGUCCCCUCCCACAUCCCUCGCACCCACCCAGCCUUCCACUGCGCUUCACACAUGGCCCAGGUCCACAAUCUCUUCAUCCGCUGCCUGAACAGCAUCUACAACCACUCCCUCCUGCUCUCGCCCUCCACCACGGGCCCCAACAACGAAACCGCCUCUUUCCUCCAGUACUGCCGCAUCUUCACCUCCCUCCUGCACCACCACCACCACGUCGAAGACACCUACCUCUUCCCCGCCUUCGAAACCCUCCUGGCCCAACCGGGCGCCAGGUCCACCACCACCGCCCCCCAACACGCCACCUUUCUCCCCGGCCUCGCAACCUUCACCGCCUACGUCACCCGCACCAUCCCCCAAGAAUACUGCGGCCUCACUCUCCGCAACCACCUCUCGCGCUUCGCCCCCGGCCUCGUCCAGCACCUACACGACGAGAUCCCCCGCAUCCUCAGCAUGUGGCGCGCCCCCUCCCCCGACCUUGCCAAAGUCUGGGCCGUCGCGGACAAGAUGGGCCGCAGCGCCGGAGGGAGCAGCCUGUGGGAGGCGCCCACCAUGGUGCUGGCGUGUGUGGACCGCGAGAUGAUCAUGGAUGGGAAAUUGUGCGAUUUUCCGCACAUGCCCCGGCCCGUGGAGUUGCUGGCCCGGAAGGUCUUGAGUAGAAGGCACGCGGACGUGUGGCGCUUUGCUCCGUUCGGGUUUGAUGGCGUGAGGAGGGUGGUGCCGCCUGUGCAGGGUGGGCGACGACGAUGA